AUGUGGAUGUCAUUGUCAUUUGUCUUUGAUUAUCAUUUUAAUUUGUCAUACUGGAAGUGAAUGAUUAUUUUAUACAAGAAAGAACAAGAAAAGCUAGAUUGUCCUGCAAUAUAACACUUUCUAUUAGUUAUGUUUUAGCUUCUUAUUAUUAGAAUUAUCUUUUACAAAGUGAAAUAAAGCCUACAUCAAAAUUCCACCAGCGUCGGUACCGGACGGAUCAUCUCUCCGAGCUACUAGUUGGCUGUCGGAGAUGCUGGCGGCGUGCGAGGCCGGCGAGGUAUUCGCGCUCCUGGAGUCGCGCGAUGCCGCCGACGCCGUGGGCGCGCUGUACGCCGCCGUGCGCGAGCCCUGGCUCACGCGCGCGCUGCUGCUCUACCACGCUCGCACCGGAGCAGCGCGCGCCCUCGACCUGCUCGCCCGCGCCCCCGAGCCUCACGCGCGCCACCUACUCGACGCCCUGCUCGAGCAGAUGCGCGGCGAGCGCGUCCAGCGGCACCACGCCCUCGCCGCGCUCGCACCGCUCGUCGCGCGCCGCCCGGCCUGGCUCCAUCGCCUGCCCGCCCACCCGCUCGCGCCCGCACUCCUGCGCGCCGCGCGCCUCGAGCGCGACCCCCUUCCGCUGCUGCACGCGCUGCUCACUCUGGCCGCACUGCUGCACGCCGCGCCCGCGCUCGCCGCCCCGCACUGGCCCGACCUCGCCGACGCCCUCCUGCGUCCCGCCGCGCUCGACCCCCCGCCAUCGCCCGCCGCGCGCGCGCACCUCCAGCUCGCACAGCUCGCGCUCUUCCACGCACUCUACGCCACCCACCCCUGCACGCUGCUGGAGACUUUGCGCGGGGAAUGCGCGGGCCCGCCCGCACGCGACUGGUGGGAGCGCGGCCUGGCGCCGCUGCUGCACUCCGUGCGUCUGCACCCCGCCCUCGUCACCGGGUCGCGGCAGCGCGAGGCUGACACCACGCGCUGGACCCGCCACGACAUCCACGACGUCGUCGCCGAGAGCCGCCGCCUGUCGAUACAGCCGCGCGACCGCACCGAGGAGCGCGCCGCCUCCGCCUCCUGCGCGCCCACCCCCGCCCCGCCGCCCCCACCGCGCCGCGCCGCCUCCUGCUCGCCGCGCAUCCCCGCCGCGCGCACCGCCGCCGUCGCCGUACAGACCGUCGACACCUGGCCCGCGCCGUACGAGUUCCUUAUUGGAGACUUUUAUCGCAGCCUGACCGCCGACGCGAGGAAACGGGCGGAGACCGCACCGGAGACGGUCUCGCCCUGUGAGAGGCUGGACAAGUACCUGGCCGAUCUAUACGCGGGCCGGCCGCCGCGCGCCGACAGCGAGCUUGCAGAACAGCUCGCCCUUGCACACGCCCAGCUGCUGCACGAGCGAUGGCGGCGCGAGGCCCACGCCGAGCGUAACCGCCGCCUGCUCGGCCGCUGCCGCCAGGCGCGCGCCCUCGAACUGCAGAACGCCGCGCUGCGCGACCAACUGCGCGCCGCGCACCUCGAGCGCGACGAGCUGCGCGCGCGUCUGCGCGACACCCCCGCCCUCCCCGCGCACGCCGCCGCAGCCGCGGCCGCCGGCGAGCGCGAGGCCCAGCUGCAGGCCGCGCUCGCCGACCAGACCGCCGCCCGCCUGCGCGCCGAGGCCGCGCUGCACGAGGCGGAGGAGCGGCGCGCGCUCGACGUCGCCGAGCUGCAGCGCACCCGCGGGGAGUCCUUCGAGGCGGCGCGACACGUCGAGAUGCUCGCGCGCACCGCGCUAGCCGCCGAGCGGCGCGCCGAGCACGUGCGCCGUCUGCGCCGCGAGCUGCUCGUGCUCGCGGAGCGCGAGGCGCGGCUGAGCGAGGCGGCGCGAGCGGCCAUCGGCGUCACGAGCGGAGCGGCGGCCGAGCGCAACGCGAGCGAGGAGCGAGCGCUGCGCGCCGCGCUCGCCCGCGCCGAGGCCGAGGCGGACGCGAACGCGGCGCGCGCGGAGGCGGCGGUCGCGCGCGCACACGAGCUGGAGACGACGCUGAGCGCGCGCGACGCCGCGCUGGCGGAGCUGCGGCGAGCACUGAGGCACGCGGGCGAGGAGCACGCCGCCCGGCAGCGCGCGCUGCAGGACAAGUACGCGGCGCUGCUGUGCAUAGUGCGCACUGGGGAGUCACGCAAGCUGGAGCUGCUGGCGGGCGAGGGGGGCGAGGGCGGCGGCGCGGCGCGGGGCGGGCCGCGGGCGGGAGGCGCGGGGGGCCCGCUGGCGGCGCGGCCGGCGCUGGCGGACUGCAACCGCGUGCGGCGGCUGGUGUGCGAGGAGGAUGAGCCGGCGCUGGAGCGCAGCUAA